UUCGUUUGCGCCCCACGUGUUAGACUUUUGUGUAAUAUUGUGUCUUUGUGAAUAUGUGCCGUAUAAUAUUUAUAUUGAUAUUUAUGCUGAUACGCUUCGGCCAUAUGCUCGAGGUGCAGUUUAAGCCCAGUCAUCCCACCAACCUACUCAGCCUGGAUCAGGAUACACCACACCUGCAUAAGCGAAAUAUGCCCCAGUUCUACGACAAAGCUGCCUUCAACUUCGACGGACUAGUAGGCAUUGCAUCCGUACCGGUCCCCUAUCCACUGGACAUAUGUAUGCUUCAACUUCCAACGAUCAAAUAUGCAACGGUUCUGCACAAGGAGCGUACUGGGGGCCGGCUGUUUGCUGUCUAUGGAUGGCAGGCGUCGGGUGAGAAAUACGAGCUGCUCCUUCAGGUGCCCGCGGCGGCAGCUGUGACACUGGACUGUCUUGCGUACGCGGGUCGUGGCUAUGUAGCUCUUAGCUAUAAUCUCACCGAACCAGCGCAGCAGGCACAGGAGGGCUCACCUAUCUAUGAGCUUUCGCCUGACACAGGCAUACGUACCGUUCAGUACUUUGGAGCGGCCCAUCUCCGUGAUAUGUAUCUUCGUAUUAGUAGCCAGGAACUGACACUGCUGCAGACCUACGAUGAAGGUGCAGGGCAUCAACGUUGCCCCUAUUUUAAAUGGACUGGUGCCACCUUUGAAAGACUAGGCAGCAUUCCCUGCAGCAAUGCGAGGCAGUUGGAGGCCUUCGGUAUUGACUUUGCCGACUAUGUGGCCGUGGCCAACUACGCGGAUGCCGACGGGCACACCAAUGCACACUCGGAGAUCUACAGGUACAAUGCAGAUUUGCGUCGCUUCGAGCUCUUUCAGAGACUGCGCAGCAAUGGCGCCGUGGAUGUGAAGUAUUUCAGUGUGCCGCAGAAUGAAGUGAGCCGCCGGCAUUUUCUGGUGCUGGGCAACACGGUCGGACGCGCUGGAGGUAACGACGAAGCGGACACGGUGUUUUACGUGUUCGAUCAAGGACAAUUUGUUCCCUAUCAGCGUUUGUCUUUUUACGCCCUGCAACGAUUAUUGCCCGUUCAGCAUGUCAUCGCGGAAAAAUUCUUGCUUUUGGUAGCCUGCAACAAACAGGAUGUAAAGAUUUACAAUCUGAACGACUGGAAAUUUGAGGAAUCGAAGGUGCAGUUUACCGAAGGAGCCUUCGGCAAGGGCGUAUCACAUAUGCGCAGCUAUGAGGAGGAUGAGCAAAGCUAUCUGGUUAUUGCCAAUGAAUUAAUGAACGCCAACGAAACAAAUAUAUUUCGGCCACUCUACAAGCAAGAUGAACAUGCGAAUGCGCUUCGUCAGCAAAUUCUAGAGUGGGCUCAUGCACAAUCCACACGAUUGCAGAAUUUAAAUGUAGAGCAUAUACUGCAGGAUGUCCAAAAACUGAAAUUAUCUAGCAAUGGAGCCUUACAUAAUCCACAAAUUCGACGCGUGAACACCAAAUCGUUGGUAGAUGAACGCAAACAUUUGAGUCCUAAUUACUGGGAUGCCUUACGCUAUGCUAAACGGGCCUUAGAUGCCAUUGAGCGUCAGUCUGCACAUUAUCAACCAUCGACGUUGCGUCGCUUGGUUAGGCGUGAGGUGGAAUACGAGUUUGACGACAUUAUGGUGGAAAAUUUAGUAGUGCACAAGAACCUACAGGCGGACCAUAUUAAUGGAAUCAACAGCCAUGCGCCCGUGUACAACACCAUCAAAACACCAAAAGUCUAUAUAAGGGAGCCUAAUGGCAAGGAACUUCCAAGACAUCGGCCCACACACCUGAAAUUCCAUAUAGAAGACUUGCAACUGAACGGUACACUUAAUGGAUUGAACUGGACUCAGCUGCUGGACCAAACACUAAAAUGUAGUGGUGUCGAUGUUCAGUUCAUCAAAGCACCCGCAACUAUUAGCAACCUGGCUGCUGAGACUGUGAUGGUUAAUAGCAAUAAGAUGAAUGACCGUUCUCUGGAUCAACUGAUUCCUACCGAUGGCGGUGAUUACAUUGUACAGCACGAUGUGCAAUUUGCACAUCUAAUUAAGGUAAAUCGACUUGAGAUCAAUCAACGACUGAACAACAUUCAUGUGGACCGUCGACAUUUCGACGUACUGCUUAAGAAAUCAAAUGAAACCCAGAUCAUCGAGGGCUCCAAACACUUGGAGAACCUAAAAGUGCUGGAACCUAUUAACAUGGCGGGUCAAAUGCUGGGCACCAAACUACGAGCUAUUUCACCCAUGAAAGUCAUCCACCAUUCGCUGCAGCUGCAUGGCGAUUAUGUGAUUGGCGGUGAUGUAACAAUUGGAGAGCGGUUAACAUCGCUAGAUCUAGUAGACGCAACCACUCAGAAAUCAUCAGUUUCUACGCUGCAGCAGGGUGUGCAGCUGAAUGCAACCCUACAAAAUAUCAACUUGCGUUUUGAACAAGCUCUGAAUUCGAAAGAUACUGAGCUGAGUUUCAUCAAUGCGCAUGAUCUCCAGCAUUUGCUCGAGCUAAAUGUAGAUAAUGUACAGGUGAUUCAAGGGGAAAAGCACCUUCCGCAAAGUCUCGAAGUGAGCGAAGGCUUCAGCGAAGUAAAGUGGCUAAAUGACAUCGAUGUAGUUAAACUGGAGCAGCAACUGCUCCUGCGGACAGGCAAUCAGAGCAUACGCAAACCUAUGAGGCUGGCCGGCCUAAAGGUUAAGCAGCUGACUACGUCACAGGUACAGUUACUGCUCAACGAUCAAACCACAGGAAGCUAUUUGACUCGUCAAGGGGAUCAGCACGGGAAUAGUACUUUAUAUAUUCAACGGCUUUAUGUACCAAACGAAUUAAAUACACGCGAGAUGUAUGUUAACGGCAACAUAUAUGAGCGCCACCUAAGCGAUAUUUAUUCACUGGGUAAAAGCGCGCAGAGUUUUGCACUUCCCUCGAAUUUCAAUGGCACGAUCUUUGCUAAAAAUCUGUGGCUGAAAACAUCAAUGAACGAUUUCAGCGUGUCGGAGGUGGAACAGCAACUGCAACAACUGUUGGGUAAUGUAAAGUAUGUUGGCGAUUUCAAUUUUGGCCAUGCAACUAACAUAAGCGGCCUAAGAUUUGACGGCACUCUCAAUGGUAUAUCCGCCUUAGAGUUUGGCAGCUGCUGGCUAGAGAUCGAUGGCGAUCAGAAUUUUAUAUCAAAUCAGAGAGUGGCAGGCGUGGAGAGUGUAUUGGGUAUUUGGUUAAACGGGCAUUUAAAUAACUAUACUGUUGCCGAUUACAGAAACGAAACCUAUAAAUUAAAUGAGUCUGAAAUAAUGCAAACUGUUAGAUUCGAAAAUCCUAUUGUUGUGCAGUUGCUAGAGGUGCAUCUGCUAAAUAAUCUGCGUCUACCUGAAGAUUUUCUAUAUGCAACGCCUGAUGCGAUCAGUUACAUGCAGGCACCCAUCAGCGUUAACGGUUCGCUGCAUUCCAGCCUAUGCAACGUCAGCAGUCUAAAUGGCAUAGAGAUCAAUGCUCUAGAGCAAUAUUUAGGAGAUCAAAAGUAUGAUGUUCUCUACGUGGAACAUGUGCAAUUUGAAAACAGCCUGCCACCAAAUUACGGGACACUGAACAGACGCAACCUAAAGCACAUAAUCAAUGAAGUGUGGUUGACCAACGAAAACAUUGUGCUGGGUAACCAGGGGCAGCGGGUGCAGCUGACACGAAGUAUCUUCGAAGGCUUAUUGGAAUUCGAGGGCGCUAUAAAUGGCAUGAGUGCGGCGCACAUCAAGCAUAACUAUUUUAGCUUAACGCGCAGCCACCAACACGUCCACACUGCGUUGAACCUUAAGCAUGACGUCACUUUUGCACAGCCUCUUACAGCAAACAGGGUAAUGUUGCGUGGAAAAAUUAAAAGUGAUAUUGGCGCACUUGUUGAGGGCGAAGGUAAUAAAUCUCUUGAUUUCGAUGAAUUUGUGUACAACACCCUAAAAACCUGGGGAAAUCACACCGUAACAGGAAAUUGGAGCAUUCUAGAUGCAUAUGUACUUGGAAAUUUAAGCUUUGUGCAUCUGAAUCAUCUGAAUUUGGUCAAUGACGUUCUGCGAAGCGAUGCUACAAACGCGGUUAAAUACAUAAGCGCCCCAAAAACUGUGCACCGCGCACUAAUCAAACGUCUUUAUACAACUCCCCCAAGCACCGUUGCCGGAGUGCCGGUGAAACAGUGGAUCGACGAUGCAGUUUACAUCUACGGCAAUCACAGCAUUAUAGGAAUCACAACACUUGAGAAAGUAAAUCUCUACAAUAAUCUGUGCGUUGAGGGGUCCGUCAACGAUAUAGCGUGGAAGCAGGAAAAACUGCUACUUCGCGACGCAGAGCAGCAUGUGGAAGGUAUGCUGUUGGUGGAGAACACACUGCCGCAGGAGCAGCGUAUAUUGACCAACAACAUUGAAGAAUUGUGGGUGGAUCGAAUUCGGGAACUCUCGGUAAACGACCUGAUCGCAAACAAAGCAACCAAUCGUCCCAAUUUGCAUAUAGAAAGCCAGUUGAUAUUUAAUCAGCCUCUGGCAGUACGUAACUAUCAGGUUGGAAUCAAUCCCAGCGAGGCACCUUAUAAGUGGAAGCGAGGCUUAAAAAGUAUGGACACAGACGAAAUGGACUACUGGCAGGAUAUGACACAGCAAUUGGCACAUGUUCAGCAGCGAUUGGCAGAUCCGCCGUACGUGUUGGAAGACUUCACGUUGCUACAGCAGCUGCCACUUAACGCAAGCCGCGUGGAGGUUCUGAACGUGGAUGCUCUGGAUGUGCUAUGCAUUUCUAAAAACUUUAGCAAGGAACGCCUUAAUACGACCUACUAUGUUUGGCAACCGUCGGAAGAGAGAUUUAUUUUAAACACAAAUUUAUCGGCGCUUAUUCCGCACAACAAAAUGCAUUUGCACUAUAAGUCUGGAUUCAGCCCAUUUAUUGCCACAUCUGCACCUAAUUCGUACCUUAUGAGUCCACUAUUGCACUUAAUGGAUCUUGAUUGCCUAGCGUUCAGACCAGACUACGAUCAGAAAUUACACAUACAUUGUCUUGAUAAGAGAAGCUACAACAGAACAGUGGCUGUCAUUGCACGGACAGAUAUAAAACAGCUGUUGCCACUGGUGCCGAAUGACGCGUCCGUUCUGCUUCUGCUUCUUCACAACAAAUUGGAGUUUUGGCACUGGCGAAAUGACAGUUAUGCGAUGGAACUAAGCAUGUCAAUGAUGCAUGCUGAGCAAAUAGCGCUGGCACAUUACGACAGUCGCAGAUACUUGGCCGUUCUUAUUAAGCACCCAGGAGUCGAGAAGUCAGCCGGCACCGUUGAAAUUUACAGUGCCGUUAACGACUUGGCGCCGGAUUAUAAACUUGAACAAUCUAUCGACUUCGAUGUAGAUAUGAAGCCGCGUCAGCUGCUUUUCAUGCAGCUGUCAAAAUCUAAUGAUUUAUUAUUGUGCAUUUCAACGACGUCUUUGACGCAGCCACUGCGAAUCUACCAGCAGAAAGGAGUUUCCGGCUUUCAGUUAAUUGUAGGCGCCAGCACAUUGCCCGCUAUACGAUCUUUGUUUCUGCUCCAGUUACGAACGACGCAGCGACAAUUUUUGGCAUUUGUGGCUACCGAAGGUGGUGUUUUCAUACUGGAGCCACUACUGAAAUCACUUUAACAUCACAACAGGAACACUGAUUCAACAUACAUUUUCCGAAGCCUUUACUGCUUCAUAUGUACAUAUGUGUAGUAUGAUAAUCAUUAGUAAUAUUUGUUUCUAAAUAAAAAAUAUUUUUUAUUAACCGUA